AAAUGGAAUUUGAGUUCCUCGGAAAUUUACAAUUUUUGUUGAAUUUGUUAAAAGUUUGGUUUUUUAUUAUAUUCAAGCAUGACGCGUAACAUAGAUUGGAAUGAAUUGAUUGUCGACAAUAAGUGUAUUGGAUCAGGUACUUUCGGUGAUGUAUACAAGGCGACAUGGAACUCAAAUAAUGGUCCAAUAACUGUCGUGAUUAAACAAUUUUAUCGUAACUCAACUGACGACAAAAAUAAAAAAGAAGUCGACAUGCUAUCGCUGGUGAAUCAUGAUAAUAUUGUAAAGUUAAUAGGUACUACAAAAGAUGAGAAAGAAAGAACGGCCAUUGUAAUGGAAUACGCAGAGUGUGGCUCUCUUCAUAGCUUACUGCACAAUGAGGAAAAUAAGAACAUCAUUUUACCACAUUCACUGCGUAUUAGCUGGAUGCUGCAAUGUGCGGAGGCCAUUAAAUACCUUCAUGAACUCAGUCCGACAAUUCUUCAUCGUGAUCUAAAACCAAGAAAUCUAUUGCUUUUCAAUAAUUAUCGAACAUUGAAAAUAUGUGAUUUUGGCUCAGUUAAGGAGCUGGAAACCAUUAUGUCUUAUGCUGGUACUGUUUGUUAUAUGGCACCAGAAGUCGCUAGCACCAAAUCAUACACCGAAAAAUGUGACGUAUAUAGUUUUGGUAUUACAUUUUGGGAAGUAAUGUCAAGAAAGAAACCAUUCUACCACUUAGGAGUAUGUGAAGAAGUGGCCAUUCUAUUUUCAGCUGCCACAAAAGGAACUCGACCACAAUUAGAUGACAUCCGGAAUAUUCCAGAAUACGAGCAGAUAAUAGAACUUAUAGUACUCUGUUGGAAUGGAGAUGCAGAGAAACGACCGACAAUGCAAGAAAUAAUAAGUAAUAUUAGUAAUUUGUACCCAAUUAUGGAUGUGGAAGAGCCUAACUUAAGUCUGAAAAUACCAGUCAAAAAUGAAGUUAACAGAUUGAUUGAUGAAGAUAUGAAUGCAAUUCAGAAAAAUGAAUGGACAAAUAUUACUUUAGAAAAGCUCAUUUCUUAUGGUAUCUUUGGAGAUGUAUAUAAGGCUCUCUGGAAAACUGAGAAGGGACCAAAGAUAAUUGCAGUUAAAAGAUAUAGAUAUCAUUAUUCGAUCACCUCAGAAAAAUUAAAAAAAAUUCAUAGUUUACAACAAAAGCAUGAGCAUAUUCAACAAUUAUAUUGUCUAUCCUUUGAUGACAAUAAUCAACCUAUCGAACUUAUGGAGUAUGCCGAUUGCGGAACUCUCUAUAGUGCUGUGCAUAAUCGUACAGUGAAUAUUGUUAAUAAUGCAUAUGAAAUGUUUUCUUUAAUGUGGAUGUUUCAUUGCGCGAAGGGUCUCAAAUUUCUGCAUGAUCAAAACGUUAUUCAUCGGGAUAUAACUACAAGGAAUCUGCUUCUUUUUAACAAUUAUCAAACCCUAAAGAUUUCACUAUCUGAAACAGUGAGGACAGAGGGUACAUCAAUAACAAAAAUGGUUGGAAAUUUAAUAUAUAUGGCUCCAGAAAUUAUGAAAGACAUGCAAUACACCAAAAAGUGCGAUAUCUAUAGCUUCGGGAUAAUUCUGUGGGAGGUGAUGUCACGAAAGAAACCAUUCUACCACUUAGAAUUAAGUGAAGAAGUGGCCAUUCCAUUUUUUGCUGCCACAAAAGGAGCUCGACCACAUUUAGAUGACAUCCGGAAUAUUCCAGAAUACGAGCAGAUAAUAGAACUUAUAGUACUCUGUUGGAAUGGAGAUGCAGAGAAACGACCGACAAUGCAAGAAAUAAUAAGUAAUAUUAGUAAUUUGUACCCAAUUAUGGAUGUGGAAGAGCCUAACUUAAGUCUGAAAAUACCAGUCAAAAAUGAAGUUAACAGAUUGAUUGAUGAAGAUAUGAAUGCAAUUCAGAAAAAUGAAUGGACAAAUAUUACUUUAGAAAAGCUCAUUUCUUAUGGUGCCUUUGGAGAUGUAUAUAAGGCUCUCUGGAAAACUGAGAAGGGACCAAAGAUAAUUGCAGUUAAAAGAUAUAGACCUCAUUAUUCGAUCAAAGAACAAUUAAUAAAAAUUCAUAGUUUACAACUAAAGCAUGAGCAUAUUCAAAAAUUAUAUUGUCUAUCCUUUGAUCACAAUAAGCGACCUAUCGAACUUAUGGAGUAUCCCGAUUGCGGAACUCUCUAUAGUGCUGUGCAUGAUCGUACAGUGAAUAUUUGUAAUAAUGCAUAUGAAAUGUUUUCUUUAAUGUGGAUGUUGCAUUGCGCGAAGGGUCUCAAGUUUCUGCAUGAACAAAAGAUUGUUCAUCGGGAAAUAACUACAAGGAAUCUGUUUCUUUUUAACAAUUAUCAAACCCUAAAGAUUUCACUAUCUGAAGCAGUGAUGACAGAGGGUGCAUCAAUAAUGCUUGGAAAUUUUAUAUAUAUGGCUCCAGAAAUUAUGGGAGGGAUGCAAUACACCAAAAAGUGCGAUAUCUAUAGAUUCGGGAUAAUGCUGUGGGAGGUGAUGUCACGAAAGAAACCGUUCAACGAUAAGGAAUCGCUACCUCUACUUUUUGGAAUUAUAAAAGGUCUUCGUCCAAAUGUAAAUGAUGUCGUCGAUAUUCACAAUUCGGAUGAUAUAAAAAUUUUGAUUACAAAAUGCUGGGAUGCGAAUCCACGGAAUAGACCUUCUAUAAAGGAAGUACUCGCAAUUAUGGAAAAAUAUUCUUUUUAUUAAGAGAACGGCAACCAAAUUUUGAAUAUUAUGAAAAAGAUUAUUACAAUCUGCACGUUUAUUUAAAAUUAUGUUAUUAUGCAUAUAAUUCAUUAAUUCAUUUUUCAAUUCACGUUCUUAUAGUUUUUGGUUAUAAUUUAUAAAAAUAUAAUAAGAAAGUUGCAAAGAUAGUUCUCAAAAGUCUUUAUUUGUUUAAUUUGUUCACAUUUUGAUCGUUUUUCAAGGUUUCAAUAUCGAUUUUAGAACAUUUCUUCUCUGUUGAAAACCUAUUAAUUGUAUAAUACUACAACAAUCAAUAGCAACGAAAUAAAAAAAAAACCUCUUCUCAUUUACUCGCAACAGAUUUACAUCGUUCGAGUUUCUGAUGUUUAACCAAGUAAUCAAUAUAGUUCAAUUGUUAUUAUUCAAUUAUUAUUGGUAGUACUACCUAAAGCGAUGAAAUAAUCUUUAAGAAGAAUUAAAACACUUGGAGCUACGGCAAGAGUAAUUACUUGCUACUUGGUCACAUUGUUUUGGAAUGCUGUAUUUUAAUUAUUAGGUACGAAACUUAUCAGUUGACUUCAAUUGUUUGGAUGAAAAAGAACUCAAGUGCGCAUAUUAAGAAAAUUAUAACCACAAGAACUUAAAACUUCUGCGUCAAUACUCUAAAAAUAUAACCCCUAGAAAUUCAGCAAUACCAAGCAAAAUCACGUCAUUUGAAAUUCGCCAACCUUUGCUAUUAUACUUAACAUACGCGUUUAAUAUGACACAUAAAAUAGAUUGGAAUGAAUUGAGUUUUUAAAACGAGGUUGGAUUAAAUUGAAAUUAGCGGAAAUAAUGUUAUUAAAAUAUAAUCAAACAGAUUCUCGGAUGGGGUAGUCAAAAGAUGGCCCACAGAAAAUCGUGAUUAAAAGAUUUGGACCCUUUGUGAAAGACUCCGCAAUUGAAAAAGAAUUCGGUCUGUUAUCGUUAGCCAACCAUGUCAUGGAAUACGCAGACUGCGGUUCUCUCCAUAACGUUUUGUAUCAAGAAAUAUGCCAUAUGAGACGUAUUCACUGAAUGCUUCAACGUGCCAAAGUAAAUUAAUAAAUACAUAAUGUAAUACCUUUCUCACUCGUUAAUCUAACUCAUAGGGUAUUGAAUACAUUCAUGAAUUUAGUCCGCAAAUUCUUCAUCUAAAACCACAAAAUCUACUAAUUUGCAAUCAAUUUUCGACAUUGAAAAUUUGCGAUUUUGGUACAGCUAAAGAGUUGGAUACCAAGAUGUCAAAUAUUGUACUAAUUCCGAUUUCACAAAAUAAGGUCAGUAUAGAAAAUUCCUACACUAAGAAAUGCGAUGUUUAUAGUUUCGGCAUCACAUUUUGGGAAGUAAUGUCAAAAAAAGAAGCCAUUUUACCACUUGGGAAAAACUGUGAACUUUAAUAUUCAAAAGAACGCCAUAGAACGUAAUUUUUAAAAUGCUGUAAAUAUUCAUUUACUUACCAUUAUUGUUUUUGUAGGCGAUCCACUCAUAAUUGUAAUUCAAAAUAUCCACAAAUCUGAUCAGAUAAUAAAACUUAUAGAACAGUGUUGGGAUGAAGAUUCUAAGCAAAGACCAGCUAUGCAAGAAGUUAUAAGAAAUAUUGAAUUUUGUUAUUCCAAGGACGAAGAUAAACACUUUAUAGAUUUGAGAUUCUUCUUUAAAAAGCGUGAAGAAGCUUGAAGAAUAUAAUGUCUGUUGUGUAGACAUGGAUGAAGAUGGUUAUUCUAUCGAUUAUGAAGUCGGAUGUUUACCUUAUGAGUUUCGAUUUAAGCCUCAACCAACUGUCAAAAUUAACUGGAUCAAUAUUUCAAUUAAUGAGCUAUUAACAUAUACACAGAAAAAUAAUUCUAGUAUAAAAUUAAGAAAAAAAUAAAUCGAAAAU